AUGAGCGUGAUUUCGCGAAACAUUUGGCCUGUUUGCGGGAGUUUGUGUUGUUUUUGUCCUGCAUUGCGAGAGAGAUCGCGACAUCCGAUUAAACGUUACAAAAAAUUGCUAGCUGAUAUCUUUCCUCGCACGCAGGAAGAAGAACCUAAUGAUCGUAAGAUCAGCAAAUUAUGCGAGUAUGCAUCGAAAAAUCCUCUUCGUGUUCCUAAGAUAACCAGCUAUCUUGAGCAAAGGUGUUAUAAGGAAUUGAGGAAUGAGAAUUAUCAAGCUGUCAAAGUUGUGAUUUGUAUUUAUAGGAAGUUGUUGGUUUCUUGUAGAGAUCAAAUGCCUUUGUUUGCAAGUAGCUUGCUUAGCAUCAUACAAAUUCUUCUUGAUCAAACGCGGCACGACGAAGUGCAGAUUUUAGGAUGCCAAACCUUGUUUGACUUUGUGAACAAUCAGAGGGAUGGUACUUAUAUGUUUAAUUUAGACGGGUUCAUUUUAAAACUGUGCCAUCUAGCUCAACAAAUGGGAGAUGAAGCAAAAAUACUGCAUUUGCGAGCUUCUGGGCUUCAAGUCCUUUCAGCAAUGGUUUGGUUCAUGGGUGAGUUCACUCAUAUUUCAGUUGAAUUUGACAAUGUUGUUUCGGUUGUUUUGGAAAACUAUGGGGAGAUCAAGCAAGAUUCUCAAAAUGAGAAUUCCACUAGGCUUUAUUCAUGGAAAGUGGUAGUGAAUGCCAAAGGAGAAGUCAAUGUGCCUAUGGAAGAUGCUGUGAGUCCUGGAUUUUGGUCGCGAGUUUGCAUACAAAAUAUGGCUAAGUUAGCCAAGGAAGGUACCACUGUACGGCGUGUUCUGGAAUCCCUUUUCCGCUAUUUUGAUAAUGCCAAUCUCUGGUCUCCAGAUCACGGGCUUGCUCUAUCUGUCUUGCUAGACAUGCAGUCUAUAAUUGAAAAUGCUGGACAGAAUACACACUUGUUGCUGUCCAUUUUAGUUAAGCACCUUGAUCAUAAGAAUGUCUUAAAGAAUCCUAAUAUGCAGCUUGAUAUCGUUAGUGUUAUUACCCAUCUUGCUCAACAAACAAGAGUUCAGCAAUCUGUGGCUAUAAUAGGUGCAUUGAGUGAUAUGAUGAGACACCUGCGAAAAAGCAUACACUGCUCUAUUGAUGAUUCAAACUUAGGGGCGGAAGUAAUACAAUGGAACCAAAAGUACAGAAUGGAAGUAGAUGAGUGCCUUGUACAACUAACAAUUAAGAUUUCAGACGCAGGUCCUGUUCUUGAUACCAUGGCUGUGUUGUUGGAAAACAUGUCUAAUAUUACAGUUAUGGCCAGAACCUUGAUUGCCGCAGUUUAUAGAACUUCUCAAAUAGUUGCUUCUAUACCCAAUUUGUCAUAUCAGAACAAGGCAUUCCCUGAAGCAUUAUUUCAUCAGUUACUCCUGGCAAUGGUCCAUGCAGACCAUGAAACCAGAGUGGGUGCACACCGCAUAUUUUCUGUUGUUCUUGUGCCAUCGUCAGUUUGUCCUCAACCUUCUUCUUUAAAUCCCCCCAUGCCAAAGACAACUGAUAUUCAGAGAAUGCUUUCGAGAAAUGUCUCCGUAUUUUCUUCUUCGGCUGCACUCUUUGAAAAAUUGGAGAAGAAGCAACUUUCCCCGCAAGAAGAUAGUCAGUCAGAUAGAAAGAGCAAUGAUAGCUCUGUUCUGAACAGAUUGAAGUCAAGUUAUAGUCGGACCACUAGUUCAAGAAAAUCAGCUAUGGCCAUAAGUGUAUCUUCAAGGGUUAAUAACCCUUCUAUGAUAAGUAGAUUGAAGUCAAGUUACAGCCGGGCAACUAGUAUUAAGAGGCCUCAAUUGCCUGUAACUGUUGAAGAAGGUGCUGCAAAUAGCUCCGAUAACCAACAGGUAUUGCCGAUUAGGCUGAGUACUCAUCAGAUUACCCUUUUACUAUCAUCAAUCUGGGUCCAGUCUAUCUAUCCCCUGAAUACACCUGAAAAUUUUGAAGCAAUUGCUCAUACCUAUAGCCUUGUCCUGCUAGUUGCUCGGAGUAAGAAUUCUUCUCAUGAGGCUCUAGUUCAAAGUUUCCAGUUGGCAUUUUCCUUGAGGAGCAUUUCUCUCAAUGAAAACGUUAAACUGCAAGCAUCACGCCGCAGGUCUCUCUUUACACUAGCAACAUCCAUGAUUAUCUUCACAUCCAAGGCCUACAACAUCCUCUCUCUCAUAUCUAUUGCAAAAAUGACAUUGACAGAUAGAACUGUUGAUCCUUUCCUUCAACUGGUUAAUGACAGCAAGUUACAAGCUAAGGUUGAUACAUCUGGCAAGCCAAGUAAAGUUUAUGGAUCAAAAGAGGAUGAUGAAGAUGCGUUAAAGUCACUUUCAUCGAUAAAACUAACUGAAAGCCAGUCAAAUGAAUCAUUUGUUACUAUGAUAGUGCAGAGUCUAGAAGAACUUUCAAUUGAAGCAUCCGUGUUAAAAGAACGGCUGCUUACUAACUUUUCACCAGAUGAUGCUUGUCCAUUAGGAGUCCAGUUGUCUCUUGAUACAACAGGAAACAUUUGCCAGUCUGGACUAAAGGAUGAUAAACAUUCUGAUAUGGUUGAUAUUCCACUAUUUACUAUUGAUGAUGACAUUCCAGCUUGCGGUUUGGAAAGCCAAGCUAAUGCUGAUGCACAACAACAGCCUUCAGAAAAUCGAAGCCUGAUUAGUGUUGAUGACAUUUUGGGUUCAGUUUUUGAUACAACACAUCAUGUAGGAAGGAUUUCUGUUUCAACACCUUCUAACAUGCCAUACAAAGAAAUGGCUCUCCAUUGUGAGGCCCUCCUCGCGGGAAAGCAACAAAAGAUUUCCACUUUCAUGGGUGCCAAUUCAUUACAUGGCUAUUCAUUCAGGAUUCUUGCUCCUACUGAUUACAACCAUGAAAAGGACGAACCCAAAAAUUCCAAUGUUCAACAGAGUUUACCUUUGGUGAAUGGAAAUCCAUUCUUGGAUUCACCCAGCACAUUGCCAGAGACUGUUCCAAGGCUUUGUGCCACAUCAUAUCAGCAAGAGGAUGCCUUCUUUCAACUGCCAGCAUCCCGCCCAUAUGACAACUUCUUGAAGGCUGCUGGUUGCUGA